AUGCCGCAGCAAAGAAAAAUCCCUAUUCAGCCGUGUAUACUAAUAGUUGGUACGCCAACUGAUCCAAAAGAAAUACUAGUUUUUUUUGAUUCUACAAAAUAUAAAGUGUUUUCCAUUGUACAUGCAAUUGACAUUUGUUUCAAAAUAUUUCAUUUAUUUAAUUUGGAAUAUCCAUCACAAUCAAUAACAGUUUGGAUAUUUAUUCAAAAAUAUUUUUUUUCUUUGACUACAAAGUUUGAUAAACCUUGUCACCUAAUAGGUCAAAUAUUGUCCGAUUUAACUAACUAUUAA